AUGUUGCUCCGCUGCUUGAGCCCUCCCUCCUGGUCCACCUGUAGGGUUUUAUUCAGCUUUUUGUUGCUGCUCCAAACGCCCGGGCCCUCCUAUCCACUAAUUACAGGUACCGAGGCCAGCUGUGAGAACGAAGGAGAAGUCCUCCACAUCCCCAACAUCACCGACAACCCCUGCAUCACCUGCGUAUGUCUGGAGGGGAAGGCAGACUGUAAACAGGAGAAAUGUCCACUGGUCUCUGAGGACUGUGCUCUGGUGGUGAAACAGACCGGAGCCUGCUGCGAGAGGUGUAAAGGUUGCAUGUUGGAUGGCCGAUCUUAUAACAGCUCAGUAUCCUGGACCAGCUCCACCAAACCCUGCAUAACCAGACGCUGUCAGGAAGGUGUCGUCACUGAGGCGGAUGUACAGUGUGUGGUCCACUGCAAGAACCCCAAAAUCCACCCCAAGAAGUGCUGCCCCACCUGCCCCAGUUGCAUCUUUGAGGGUCGCCUAUACAAAGAGAAGGAGGAGUUCAGUCCUGAGGGCAAACCCUGCAUCAAGUGCACCUGUACUGGAGGGCGGACUCUCUGCAUGAGGGAGGUGUGUCCUAUCCUUUCCUGCCCCGCCCACCUCAGCCACACCCCGUCUGGACAGUGUUGUCCCAGAUGUCUCGGUCAGAGGAAGGUGUUUGAUCUGUAUUCAGGAAGCUGUUUGUUCCACAGCGAAGUGUACGAGAACGGCACGUCCUUCGUACACGACAACUGCACCAGCUGCACCUGCAAGGAUUCCACGGUGGUGUGCAAGAAGCGGUGCUCUCGGCCAGGGAGUUGCCACGGCGACCAGUGCUGCGAGGAGUGUCUGUCCUACGUGAAGGUGGAGGAAGUGAAGUACUGCAGAGUCCGGAACAAGAUCUACAGGGAAGGAGACAUGUGGUCGUCAGUGAACUGCACUCUCUGUGCCUGUGUUAAAGGAAACAUCGAGUGUCGGCCCAAACAGUGUGUACCAAUCACCAGCUGCCCCUCGAACAAGAUCUUGAACAGGACCGGCUGCUGUCCAGUUUGCACUGAAAAGCCGGGUGUAUGUACAGUGUUUGGCGACCCUCACUACAACACCUUCGACGGCAGGACCUUUAACUUUCAGGGAACCUGUCAGUACGUACUGACGCGGGACUGUGGCGGCGUUCCCUCUGGAGGACCGGGAAAUAACAUCAACAGCCCAGACUCCAGCUUCAUGGUGCUGGUGAGGAACGAUGCCCGGCGGACUCGUUCCUUCUCCUGGACUCAGUCUGUUGAGGUGAGACUGGGAGGUUUGAUCCUCGGCCUCCACCAGCACUUGACGGUCCGGAGGAACGGCACCCGCAUCGCCCUGCCCUACCACGGCCCCGGGGUGCACAUCGACCUGGACGGAUACCUGCUCAAACUCACCACCAUCGCAGGUCUGGAGAUCACAUGGGACGGGGACAGUUUCGUGGAGGUUGUGGCUGCCCCCCACCUGCGCGGACGUCUCUGCGGCCUCUGCGGCAACUACAAUGGCCACAAGCGAGACGACACCAUGGGAGGCGACGGCCAGUUCAAGUUCGACGUGGACGAGUUUGCCGAGUCGUGGCGAGUCGAGGGAAACGAGCUAUGCUCCCAGCAGCACCCGCCUCGCCGGCCAACCUCCUUCCUGUGCCCCGGCAGCGUCAAAGUCAAGUUCCGCGCCCACCGGGAGUGCCAGAAGAUAAAGUCGUGGGAGUUUCAGAAGUGCCACCGUGUGGUUGACUUCGUCCCUUUCUACAGGUCGUGUGUGACGGACAUGUGUGAAUGUCCGGUCCAUAAAAACUGCUACUGUGAGUCCUUCAUCGCCUACAGUCGAGCCUGCGAGAGGGAGGGAGUGCCCGUCCUCUGGAAGGCUGACACUGCCUGCAUGGCCACCCAGUGUAAACACGGUGCUGUGUACGACACCUGCGGACCAGGCUGCACCAAAACCUGCGACAACUGGAACGAGAUCGGGCCGUGCCACAAACCCUGCGUGGCCGGCUGCCACUGCCCCGCCAACCUGGUGCUGUUCCAGGGACGCUGCAUCAAACCCACGGCCUGCCCCGGACGGUGACCCU